GUGAUAGAUCGACCGGCUAAUCAAAAUACACAGCGGGAUAUUACGAACUGGACUGGCGAAUUGAUGAAUCGAAACCGUAAUUAUUGUUCAAUGAAACUUGAAAAUAUAAUUGUGCCUGGUGAUUUCAAAAUAAAUUCCUAUCGGGUCAGAGCGUGUCAUUAUAUUGGAUUAAUUAUUUAGAGAAUUUUAGAUCACCAGAGGUUUAUACAAAAUGGCGGAAUAAAACACAUUAGAAAAUGUCCAAAUGUAAACAAAGUGUGUGACAAGCAUAAUGUUGUGAAGCGUGGGUUUAGCAUUAGGAAUAACGUUUGUGUCUGGGCUCAGAAUCAUGCAUGGAAUUAAAUAAUAGUCAUGGAAAGUAAUCACAAGCAAAAGAAGAAAGAUAAGCCUGAUUAUGCACGCCAGUCAUCCACAGGCUCCGCCUCCAGCAGCAUGCAUAUUCAAAUACACGAUGGAGUCUCUGCCCACAGUCAGGCACUUUUUGUCCAGAAGGUGCGGGAAAGUUAUGAUGCUGUUGGUAGAGGUGAUUUUCAGACAGCAAUUAAGGCAUACUCUGAGGCCAUUGAUCUCGAGCCCACCAAUCAUGUGCUAUACACAAACAGGGCUGCUGCCUACGCCAAGAUACAGCAGUUCCAGAAGAGCCUUGUAGAUGCUAGAAAAUCAAGGGAGCUCAACCCAAAAUGGGCUAAGGCAUACAUUCGUGAGGGCUCGGCACUCCAACUGCUGGGUCAGCACGCGGACGCGCUGGCGGCAUUCGCUGCCGGUCUGGCCCAGGACACCAACAACACCGCGCUGCUAACGGGGCUAACAGAGGCUGCUGUGAAAUGUCCGCUUAAAGAGCGCCUGGAACCAAUCUUUCAGCAGCUCCAACAGCUCAAGCUGGACAAGAGCCCGUUUGUCAUCAUCUCUGUGAUUGGUCAGGAGCUGUUGCAGGCCGGCCACUACCAAGCCUCCACACAGAUGCUCGAGUCUGCACUGCAUAUCGGAACAUGCAGCCUCAAGCUACGGGGGUCUGUGUUCUCCGCGCUCAGUAGCGCGUUCUGGGGCCUCGGCAACAUCGACAAGGCCAUUGUCUACAUGCAGAAAGACCUCCAGGUUGCCAAGAAUCUAGGUGAUGCGGAUGGUGAGUGCAGAGCCUAUGGUAACUUGGGGUCUGCCUAUUUCUCCAAGGGAAACUACAAAGAGGCACUGUCACACGACCGGUUCCAGCUAGUUCUAGCAAUGCGGCUGAAAGACCGGGCAACUGCAACCUCAGCGCUGGGUCGGCUGGGGCAUGUGUACACUGCCAUUGGAGAUUACCCAAACGCUCUUCAGAGUCACAAACAGUGCGUGCUGCUGCUGAAACAGAGCAAUGAGAGACUGCUCGAGGCACGAGAGAUUGGCAACGUCGGGUCAGUGUACCUGGCUAUGGGAAACUUUGAAAGUGCUGUUGAGUGUCACUUGGAACACUUGAAAAUUGCUAAAAGUUUGAAGCAUAGUGUUGAGGAGGCUAGAGCCUUAAGCAAUCUUGGCAGUGCAUAUCAUUAUAAAAGGAAUUAUGAAAAGGCGAUAGUGUAUCAUAAGCAGGUACUCAAAAUUGCUGAGCAGAAAAAUGACAAGUGUUUAGAAGCCCGUGCUUAUGCUGGGCUUGGGCAUGCAGCAAGAUGCAUGCAGGACUUUGCAAUGUCCAAGACGUACCAUGAAAGACAAUUGGACAAUGCUCUUCAGACCCGAGAUAGGGUAGCUGAGGGGCGAGCGUGCUCAAAUCUGGGAAUUAUCUUCCAUCAGUUGGGUGAAUAUGAAGCUGCUUUGAAAUUACAUAAAGUACAUUUAGACAUUGCCAAGGAGUUGGGUGAUAAAGCUAGUCAAGGAAGAGCACUCGGAAAUAUAGGUAAUGCAUAUUGUGCUUUGAAUAAGUAUGAACAGGCAAUAAAGUAUCACAAGCAGGAAUUAGCAAUAUCCACUGAAGUGAAUGAUCGGCAUUCAGAGGGCUCCACGCAUGGCAACCUCGCUGUUGCAUAUCAGACUUUAAAGAUGUACGAAAGUGCUCAUCAACAUUAUGUCGCUCACCUGAACAUUUCCAGGGAGUUAAAGGACUCACACAGUGAGGCUAGGGCCGUGUGCAAUCUGGGGAAUUUCCACAGUUCUCGAGGAGAGUACACAAAUUCAAUACCAUACUAUGAACAAUAUUUAAUGCUUUCUCAGGAAUUACAUGAUUCGGAAGGUGAGGCAAAAGCAUGUUUUUGUCUCGGUUAUGCGCAUUGCGCUCUCAGCAAUUAUCUAGAAUCUGUCAGAUAUUACAAACAAGACUUGUCUAUUGCUCAGGAAAAGGACAACAAGCUCGGAAUAGCAAGGGCUUUCUGCAAUCUGGGUCUUGCCCAUAAAGCUUUGAACAAUUUCAAAGAAGCUCUGGAAUGCCAAAAAGAGUGUUUGAAACUGAUGACUUCCUUGAAAAAUAUGAAAGGCAAAUUUAGAGCCCUUGGAAAUAUAGGUGACAUAUUGCUAAAAACCGGUGAAACUAGUGAAGCAAUUCAGUACUAUACUCAACAGUUACAGUUGGCCAAGCAGUGCAACAAUCAGGAUAUGACGGCUGCUGCGAAUGGGGCCAUGGGGUCAGCACAUCGGUCCCUGCAGCAGUAUGACAAGGCCCUUGCCUUCCACACGCAGGAGCUGAGCAUUCGCCAGGACAUGAAUGACAAGAAAGGUGAAUGCAGGGCACAUGGCAAUCUGGGGAGUGUUCACAUGUGCUUAGGCAAAUACAUGAAUGCAUUUAAAUGUUACGAGGAACAGUUAGAAAAGAGCCGUGAGCUUCAGGACAGCGCUAUGGAGGCCAAUGCGUGUGGAAAUCUUGCCAUUACCAAAAUGAACAUGGGAAAUUUUGAGGAAGCUAUAGGCCUGUUUGAACAACAGUUGGCAAUGUUGGAACAAGUGCAUGGGAAUAAUGCUACUUUCGAUCGUGGCAGGGCUUUUGGUAACCUAGGAGAUUGUUAUGAAGCCCUCGGCGACUUUGAGGAGUCUAUCAAAUGUCAUGAACAGUAUCUGGCAAUAGCUCAAAGCGCAGGACACAACUCAGACCAGGACAGGGCAUAUAGGGGCCUUGGAAACGCUCACAGGUCUGUUGGAAAUCUUCAACAAGCUCUUGUGUGUUUUGAAAAGCGCCUGGUUGUUGCUCACGAACUGAACAGUGAGACAGCUAAGGCAUCAGCAUACGGUGAACUUGGCUGCCUGCAUAGCCUGCUGGGGAACUUUGAGCAGGCAAUAUCGUGUCUGCAGCACCAGCUGGCCAUUGCCCAACAGAUGGAGGACAGGCUGUGUGAGGGGGAUGCAGCCUGUGGGUUGGGAGGGGUCUACCAACAGAUGGGAGAGUAUGACAAGGCUCUGGAGUACCAUCAGAUGGACCUGCAGAUAGCAGAGGACACCAACAACAAGACGUGCCAAUGCCGUGCCUAUGGUAACCUGGGUCUGUCCCACGAGUCACUGGGUGGAUAUGAGCGUGCAAUCAGAUACCAGGAGCAGCAUCUGAGUAUUGCAGCUGAGAUGAAUGACCGCGUGGCAAAAACUCUAGCCUACAGCAGUUUAGGCCGAGUCCACCACGCUCUCAACAACCACCAAAAGGCAGUGGAGUACCUGCGUCAGGGUCUCCAGAUAGCGGAGCAGCUGGGGCGCAUGGAGGACGAGGCCAAGAUACGCCACCGCCUGGGACUCGCGCUCUGGGGCAAUGGGAACCACGAGGAGUGUCAGCAGCAGCUCUACAAGGCCUCCGAGCUGUUUGAGAGUAUUCGACGGGAUGCACAGUUUAACAGCGAGUACAAGCUGUCACUGUUUGAUCUGCAGACAGCGUGCUACCAAGCGUUGCAGCGCGUCUUAGUCACCCUGAACAGACACCCUGAGGCUCUGGUGGUGGCUGAGAGGGCCUGCACCCGGGCAUUCAUAGACCUCCUGAUGGAGAGACAAACAGGAAGUGAUGGUUUCUAUGGAAACCAUGUAAGCGACCCUCCACCCAUCACCACAGACCAGAUUACAAGCAUAGUACAGAGGCAGAAGAGCAUGGUGCUGUACUUCUCUGUAGCAUCGGGCUUCUUGUACAGCUGGCUAAUGACACCCAGAGAUGGUAUAGUGAAAUUCCACGAGACAAGUAUGACAGACAUUGAGAAUGAGGUGGACGCUGGCGACAACAUCAGUAUGAAGUCUAGCGUGAGUUUCUCUGCGUGCUCGCUGCUAGACAACAUGGUCGGCCAGAUACGAGAGUCCAUGGGAGUGGAGUCGCACGCUCCUAGCGGUCUACAUAGGGGAGCUUCCAGGUCUGUGAGCCUGAAUGACAGCACCCUUGACAUCGAGGACAGCUGGGAGCAGCAGCUGGAAGAGCUUGGGGACAAAUUGAACGCAGAGAACGACCGCACUGGCUUUCUGCGCAUCGUGAACCGCAACCACCUCUUCAACAGCAGCAACUACAGCCUCGGCAGUAUGCUCAGUGUCAACGCCAGUCUCAACUUGUCUUAUCCUGGCGGCGGUUUGAGUCGUAAGGGUAGCGUGAAAAAUAAGUUUGGGAACCAGUCAGCGAUAUCGGCCCUCUAUCAUCUCCUUAUUGAACCCUUUGAGGACACAAUGAGAGAGAAAGUGGAGGAGGUGGGCUCAACUUCCAAUGAUCUUAUUCUGGUUCUGCAAGGUGAUCUGUUCUUGAUUCCAUUUUCUGUGCUUCGCAAGGAUCAAACUAUGGAAUAUUUAUUUGAAAGAUUCAAUUUGAUUGUGGUGCCCUCCUUGUCAUCAUUACAAAACAGCAAGAACGAACGACAAGGUCGACCUGUGAUAGAUUCAUCAGGUGCAGUGGUUGUGGGUAACCCAAAACUUACAUCUUCCAUUUGCCAUCACUGGCACCUACAGGACAUUCCUUCAUCCGAGUAUGAAGCAAGAAUUGUGGGUGAAAUAUUGACAGCUAGGCCUCUGAUUGGCCAGGAAGCCACAAAAGGUGCUGUGCUCAAUCAAAUCGAACAAGUGGAAGUGAUACACUUUGCUGCCCACAUUUCGUGGAAACUUUCGUCUGUGAUACUGUCCCCAGGGGAGGUUGCCUCCCAUCCUCCAGCCAGAUUUCCAACCAUCGAUUCGGAUGACAGUGCAAGUGACAUCAGCACGUUUGACGGACCAUCGCUGGCAGAAUAUCUCCUCACAGCAGCUGACAUACUGAACUUGAAACUCCAUGCUAAACUUGUGGUUCUGAGUUCUGGGUACACAGAUGAUCGUGCUGGACGCAUCAACACUGACGGAGUGGUAGGCUUGACAAGGGCCUUGCUGUCUGCAGGGGCCCAGGCGGUCCUGUAUUGUCUGUGGCCGGUACCAGACCAGGCCUCCAAACUCCUCAUGAGAACUCUCUAUCUAGGCCUGCAGGAAGGCAAAUGUGUGUCCCAGGCAUUGACGUUUGCGGUCAAAACCGUACAGUGCACCAAGCAAUUCUCCCACCCGUCCAACUGGGGAGGCUGGGUUCUGAUAGGCCAGGAUGUGAGGUUGAGCAGUAAGGUUGCCCAGAUGGGACACGCCAUCUGUGAGCUGCUACAGAACCCCUCCCAGUGCAGGGAGGCCAUGCGAGUGCUCCUACAUCUGAUUGAGAAGUCCUUGCAGCGUAUCCAUCAGGGCUCCAAGAACUCCAUGUACACAACUGCACAGUCCAUAGAGAACAAGGUGGGCGGGCUCAAUGGAUGGAAGGACCUCCUGCAGGCCGUAGGGUUCAGGUUUGAGCCCUCCCUCAAUGGUCUCCCACCGGCCGUAUUCUUCCCGCAGAGUGAUCCUGGGGACAGGCUGACUCAGGCCUCGGCCAGCUUGCAGGCGUUGCUAGGUCUACCACCAGGAAGUUGUCAAGCUUUCGCCAAGUUCUUGAACAAUUAUGAGGCAGGGGAGGCAAUCAUCAGAGUUAUGCGGGACAUCCUGAGCAAGAUGGCUGCCAAGGACUCCAACAUGGAUGUGAAGGUCAAUGUGAAGCUGUGGCGUGUCAACGGCUGCCAUGAAUUCCUCGCCUCACUCAGUAUGGACCUCGUUGAAGUGGGAAAUGAUGACAUCACAUUACGUCUGGGCAAGCAGGCCAACAAACGCCACCUGCAGUUUGCUCUGCAGUCUUUGGUUGCUGUUUUUGACACCCAAGAGGCACCUCGCUCCCUGAACAUUGACAGCUCGAGCAGCCUCGAGAGCCUGUCUUCCUCCCACAGUGGCUCCACCUCGACCUCCAACUUCUCCAAGGGCAGCACCCCACCCCUCUCCCCCCGCGGAAAGAAGAAGUCCCUGUUCAACCCAGCCGAGAUGGAGAAGAUGAGGAUCAGGAACAGCCGCAUGAGCCAGGGUGGUCUUACUGGUCGUAAACUGUUACCAGGGAAGUCACCGCGGGCGGUGAGCAGUGAUCCAGCCCUGUGUUUGCAGUACCAAAAUCAGAUCAAAACCAUGUACCGUUCCCAGUCCAACAGUCCCCAUGAGAUCUCUGUGGUCGCCCUUAGUGACAGUGACACAACUGCCAGCCCUACCUUGGGAAGCAGCUCUGCUAGUGAUAAAUUCCAGGAUUUACAACAUGCCGAGCCAUUCAGUCUAAGUUUUGAUGGUCGCAGUGACAAAAGUGGCUAUAGUGGCAAUAGCGAAAAGAGUGGGAAUGAAACUUUUACAAAGGCUUCUGCAUUGACUGGUGAUGAUGUAAAUGAUAAGACAUAUAUUGAGGAUGAGCAAGAGGAGAGGAGAGACUUAAUGUUCACAAGAAAUGGUGAAAAUAGGCAUUCUGAUAUGUCUGACAAUAGCAGUAUAAGUCAAGGCAUUCAAGCUGACAAGGAUAUGCACAAACCAGAAUCAGACAUGUCUGAUGUGAGCAUGACGUCUGAAGGUCGCUUGACCCCCAGGAAUCAGAAAGAUCUGGAGCAUUUCCUUCAAGUAACUGAUGAGUCUGGUAUUGUCUCUGAGACGACAUCGUCCAAUCACAGUGAGGCUUCACAACAAAGUGAUCAGACCAACUACAGGUUUGAUCCAGCAGAGAUUGCACAGAAGAUCAUGACAGAUGUUUCCGACAAAAAAUCUGCCCUGGAAUCAAUGCAGAUGUUCAGUCGCAUACAAACUCAGAAAGAAGUUGACUUUAUGAGAAAUGAGUUUCAAAGACAGACUUCAGAAAAUAGUGCUAAACAAAGUUCCAACGAAAGAUUAUCAGAGGCAAGUUCUGUUGUCUCUGUUAACUCUGUACAGACUAAAAUCAGUGCUCUGUCUGGAGCAAACAUUUCAGCAUUUUCAAGUCCUGCUCAUAAACCACGCAUUCCACCACCAGUGGCUUCCAAGCCAAGUUCAUACAAGUCCAACUCCACAGGACUGAGAGAAAAAUCCUCCAAAGUACUGAACCUUUCUGAAGCAUCAAAUGUUGAAAAAUCACCUGUAGCAAAUGACCAUUCAAUAUCUACAAAACUUCCACCAAAGCCAUUCACAGGUUCAGUACUAAAUCCCACAGCUUUCUCCACAGCACCUAUAGUGUUGAGUAAAAAAGACAGCUUCACUUCCAGCACAAGUGCAGGCUCUACUAUGUCAUUCAGCUCAUUCCGACCCUCGGGGAGAGCACCCGUCUCUGACACAAGCUCAUUCCACCGUCCAGAUAGCUCCACCAGCACCAGCAGCUAUUGCUCUACUCCCACCUCCAUACAAACUGUCAUCUAUCGACCCCAUGGGGACAAGAAGACAGCCCCAGAUUCACCGUGUGUUGUUUCUUAUGACUCUUCCAGUGACCAGACCUCUGGUUCUGGAUCAGCAAGCACCAUGACACCUGUCAGCGAGUCUACCAGCCAAGUAGGCAUCGUUUCCAGCUUGAAGCGUGAUUCCUCCCCAGCACUGAGUUCCAGUUCAUCGACUUCUGGAACAAGUGGAAAGCAGAAGAAGAAAGUUAGCUUCUCUGAUUCUGAUCCAUCUGACACCCCUUCACCAUUAGACUCGAGUUCAAGCUCAACUCAUUUAUCAUACUUUGAUUUCACAAAAUCAACACUGACUGGAUCUGUCUCAAGCAAUCUUGCACAAAAUCGCUACUUGCCACAAAGCUCAUCAAACAGUUCAUUGGAAAGUGCUGGAUUUCACAAGAGCUAUGGUAGUGCAGUGCGUCCACCACCGCCCAGUUAUCAGUAUGCAAUCAGAAACUCUCAGUUACUUCUCAGUAAAUCACUAGAUGAGAAGACAUUCAGGCCCGCACUUCAGAAACAGUUAUCUAGUCAGAGUGUGUCCCCAGGUUCCUCACUGAACAGUUCCCUCGAUGAAAUGAGCCGUUUCACUCAUGGGCAGCAGUCCCCUAGAUCGGUCAUGCAAGGAAUGGCACACACAUCAGCAGCCUACCCCCAGAUUGGCCCUUCAGGCAGUCCUUCUUCACCACAACAUUAUUCCCCACAAAGCCAGCCAACCCAGUUCAAUGGGCCAAAUUUGACUGGUCAGUAUAAUAAUGGACAACCCCAGUUUUACCAAAGUAGACAACCACAAGUGAGUGGCUACAAACACCAGUUACCCCAGCGUGUUCUUCAUCCAGUUAGCCCAGGUCAUGGCUCCAACACAACACCUGAGAUUCCACCAAGAGGUAUUCUUCCACAGAGACCCUCCAAUAUCACAAUUAAUAGCAGAUCGCCAAACUUCCCAAAUAUGUCGCCAGGACAUUCUCAUGUCCAGACAGUUCACAGUGUGCCUAUUUUACCGUCCCAAGGCACCAACAGGCUAGUCAUGUCCCCUAUAAAGGAGGGAAUUCCACUGAUGAAUGUCAAUUUCAGUAGCCAGGAUGCCAGAUUCUCUCAAAACUCUGUCACCUCGCCCACACGACCUGUUGUGCUUUCUCAGCCUGUGCAAUUGGACCACGGUGCAACCCGGCAUGAUCAGUACCAGCUUCCGGCCUCUAAGGAGCCAUCAGGUACUUCCUUCCCCAACUAUAGUGGCCAAUCAGGGAUGGCUUAUCAGCGAAGCCAGUCCAUGGAUUACAUCAGCCAGUACAGCAGACAGAAUCCUAGCAAGCCUUUGUCUCACAGCUAUGAGAUGACGGACUUUCCACCUCAAUUUUCACAGUCACACACAAACAUAAGUCAAAACACAGCGGUGUUAGACAGAAGUCAGGGCUAUCCAUCAACAAAUGACAGUUUGCGUCAGGCUAUUUCAAAUCUGUCUCUUGGUCAUCAAGCAAAGAGACGACCCCCUGUCCCACCAGCUAGAAUUGACAGCUGGGAGAACAUGGACAAACAUGUCAAUGGAAUGUCUAUGGUUCAGGAAAACAUCCGACAGACUCCUUCAAUGCAGCAUGUGUAUCCCCAGAAUAGCCAGUCUGAACUAAUCCGGGGCCACUUAAUAUUUGGACAGCCGGGCAGUUCAUUGUCAGCACCUAAAUAUACUGGGGAGAAUGGUCAAGUGUCUAUGGGUCAGUUAAUGCAGGGGGUUCAUGGGCAAACUUCUAUGAACAUGUACAUUCAAAAUAGCGACACUGCCUCUACUACAACACCACACAAUGCAGUUCACAGAACACAGGUCAUCGCCAACGGACACUGUGCCCCCAGCACCUCACAUGCCCAUAGCAGCAUGAAUGGCUUUACUCAGCAGCAACCCAGCAAUCCCAGUCUGAUGUACAGGCCUCCUGAGCCUAGGGUGCCCCAGACGGAGAUCAUGCCCCUGCCACUCACCAAUGGAACUACCCACAGGCCGGACCACACCCCCAUGUCACCUACUGUCAAUGGACCCCUGCAUCGGAUAGGAAUCGGCACUGACAAGAAGAGCUUUGCAAGAACUAAUGUUAUUCAGGCAUCAAAGUGUUGAUAGUUUGAACAGUGCAUAUGUGAUAAUCAAUGUUGCAUGUUUGUGGCCAGUAAGCAUACAGGCAUUUGUACUUGAGUUAAUUGAGAUACAAACAAGUUAAGACUUCUUUGUUGUGUUUAAUGGUUUUAAGUUAUUGCUCUUGAUAAUGACUAAAUAUUUUUUAAAACAUUUGUAUUUUAAUCAUAUGAGAUCUUUUCCUCUUUGAUGAGCUUGAUACGAUGAAAAGGCCCAUUUUAAUAACAUUUAUUAACAACUGUUGUUACUGAUUGCAAACAAAUUCUUACAUUAACCCAUUUAUGCCUAGCGUUUACAAAAAAGGCAUAAUGCGGCGUCUCAUCGGGGUCUACACUGUUUGCUAAUAAAGGAAUUUCUGUAAGAAAUAUUCUAAGAAUAGAAAGAUAUACCAGAAACCCCUUUAAUAGGAAAUAGACUCCUCUAACUGUUAAGGUCAGAAGAGUCCACUAGGUCUAAAUGGGUUAAAAAAAUGUAGCAAGAUAUUCAUGAACCAUUCAUUGACUCUUCCUUUUACCUUCUGGAAACACACUCGCACAUGAAGGAAUCAUUUUUCAAAGUUGUUAUAAUGUGUUAUAUAUAUCUAAUCAUAGAUAAAUGUAAAUUCAUAUAUUUUCUCAAAUGACUGGAACUAGUACCAUUCGCGAGGUAGUGAGGAAAUAAAUGACUUUCAUCAUUAAAUUUGUGCAAAUUGCAAUGUUCAUUAAAUAAUUGUUAUAUAUACAUUAUUGAUAUGUGUAUUUUGUAGGCUUAAUAACUUAUUAAAAGUGUGUGAAUCUCUGGACCUUGUAUCUUGUCAGAUAAUGUUAUUGCAUUUAUUUCUGUUUAGUUGGUUGUUGUUUCUGUGAAAUAUAACUUCAUCAUAUUUUUGUAAUCACUCUUGUUUUCAAUCUUGUAAAUAUACUUAUGUUCAUUUAGUAAUAUAUGGUAUGCAUGUCUCUAGCGCAAACAUUUGUAAAUAAGACAUAUAUUGUAAAUUGUUUUAAACUAUGUUGAACUUGUGUACAAAUGAGUUGUACACUCCCCAUGCACACAUUUUAUUAUAUACACAUGAUGUGCUGUAAAUAAUGACAUAUUUAUAAACAAAUUUAAGUGUUAUUAUUAUGUGCUGGUUAUUUUAUGAACUUUUUAUAUUUGUUAUUAACAGAAACAAUAUUGAAAUGUUUCCUGUAAAGGAACAAAUAAAACUAAUUACUGAA